GAAUCACGCCAGGGAUUUGCUCCAGGAAUCCCUUCGGGAUUUUCGCCAGGAAUCCCUCCGUGGAUUUCCUUCAGGGAUUCCGUCGGGAACGUCCAACUGGACGUUGGACAACGCCGUUUGAUGACCCACCAGAAGGCGCUAAGCGGAAAGAGGAAUUCCGACUACGUUGCCAUGUUGACUGCUUACCGGAUGUGGGGCGAGGAAGCGGAAAUCCAAUACUGCGAAUGGAAGGGACUGCAGCUAUAGACGUUCCGAGUCAUGUCGGAAGCCAAGCGCCAACUGUUGGAACUGCUAUCGCAGGCUGGGUUCCCCGAAGAGACCAUGGUUGAGAUGGGCUUCGAUCAAAACGAUGACGAUCCUCGCCUAGAUAUGGCCCUAUCGCUGCUUUGCGUUGGUCUGUAUCGGAACGUGUGCGUUCACAAGGAGAAACGUAAGGUGCUGACCACGGAAUCGAAGGCCGCCCUGAUCCACAAGACUUCGGUCAACUGCAGCAACCUGCAGGUGACUUUACCGUAUCCGAUGUUCGUGUUCGGGGAAAAGAUUCGUACCAGAGCCGUGUCCUGUAAGCAGAUGCCCAUGGUUUUCCCGAUCCAUAUCCAGCUGUUCGGUAGCAAGAAGGUGGAAUGGGUCGACAACAUGGUUCGCAUCGAUAAUUGGAUGAACUUUGAAAUGGAUCCCCACCAGGCUGCGCUGAUUGUCACCCUGCGUGCAGUGCUGCAGGAUCUUUUGUUCCGGGUGUCUGAAAAUUCCGAAGAAGCCAACGCGCUGGAAGAACGCUAUCAAAACCUAAUCGAUGUGGUUAAAGAUCUGUGCGUGUUCAGUGCAGUCUGUUUGUCUGUGGUAUAA